AUGAUAUUAAUCAAUACGAAUUAAUAUUAAAGCAUUUAAAAAAGGGAGAAAGAGAAAAGUAACAGUGAGAGCGUGAAGAUCGGGGGAUAGGGUUUCUCUUCUUCUCUCCGUGUGAUGUUAGCAAUUUUCCUUUCUAUUCUUCUUCCUUUCAGAAUCUCUUAGAGCUUCAGAAUCUCUCAUCCACCCACUCGUUUAUUUAAGUUUCUCUUUCUCACUAUUUUCUUCGAGAAUCAGUGUGUUUGGUUGCUGAGAAAAGAAAACGAACGAAUUGCCACAGUGAGAUGCCGGAGGAAGAAGUAGUGGAGCUCAAGUUCCGUCUCUACGAUGGAUCCGAUAUAGGACCCUUUCGUUACUCGCCUACUUCCACCGUCGCUAUGCUCAAGGACCGGAUUUUCGCUGAGUGGCCCAAAGACAAGAAAAUUAUACCAAAGGCAGCAAAUGAUAUAAAACUAAUAAGUGCUGGCAAAAUUUUGGAGAACAACAAGACAGUUGGCCAAUGUAGAGUACCGUUUGGUGAACUUCCUAAAGGGGUUAUAACCAUGCAUGUCGUUGUCCAGCCAUCUUUGCUUAAAGCAAAAACAGAGAAGAAAGUUGAUGAGGCGCCCAGAAAACAUAUAUGUGCAUGUUCGAUAUUGUGAGAACCCAUUAUAAUGAAAAGUUAAGUUGCUGAUCAUGCCUUAGUGUUUGCUGGGAUAUCCGAGGUCAUGGAAACGCGUAGCUGGGAAGACAAUAAUUUGUAGAACAGUCCCAACCCCACAUAGUCGAAUGUUGUUGAAGAGCAUUCUAGCGAUGCUUUUCAGUAAUGAUUUUCUCAUGUUAAUGGGUGUUUGAUGUAUCAAGGUAGCUGCAGUUUAUAUCAUAGUAUCAAAUAUAUAUAUAUAUAUAGGAAAAAGGUCCAGUCUCUAUUUUCUAAGGAUGUUGAACAGUAUUCUCUACCGGAAUGAUCAUACCCUUUUCUUGUCCAUUACUUGUUUCGAUUACAGCAAAACUUUUCAUGAGUUUCUUGAUAUACGUUAACAUUAUGUCUUGCAUUUGUAUCAUUGAAUAUCACGGAUCUCUACAAUUGGAAUACACAUUUUAUCAGAUGGUGUUAUAUCGAGCUGGAAAUUUUCACGCUUUGA